AUGAGCCGCCCGGCGUCUGCGGCUCUGCACUCUCCUGCUCUGUCUCAGUCUUUCGUCCUGCUCCAACUGGCUUUUCCUGCGAGCUUUUUCCGCCGCUCUUUUCCACUUUCCUUACAACCGCAGGUGUUCAUCCCCUUUCCCACGCCUCCACUAUGAAUCGUCGCUGAAGACGUCCGUGACUGAAGACGUGGCAGUGGAUGCCGAGCUCUUCCGGAGGUUUGUUCUCAACUAUUUCAGCCGAUCUGAUCGCUCAGAUAUUGUUUUCGAACUGUAAAUCUCGUUUUCCGGGGUACCUGGCUGCAUGCAAACAUCCUCGGAUCAAGAGUUUUGAUCAAAAAUGUUUUAAAGGAGCCUGUGAGUAAUCUCGAACACAAAUAAAGUUGUCUGCUCAAAUAUUUUCAUGUUUUUUUAAAAAAAUUUAAAUUGCUUUUUGAAAAAUUUUUUUUUCCCUUAAAAAUAGCAAUCCCGCUUUUUUUGAAAUUAUGUUUUAUGAUACCGUCCUAUAUUUCAUGAACAGUCUUGAUUUUUGAUUGAAAUAACAACUUGAGAGAAAAAACUUUUUCUUCACAAAUCCUACAAUGUGUUCAACGUUUCCUGAAAAAAACACCAAAAAGUGUGAGAGGCUGCGAUUCGAACUGCGGCUACUCGGCGGGUGUAAUGGCGGAGGUCGGUGCUCCCUGGCCAUUCUUCUUCCAGGACUUUCUCCGCGGCUAUCCAGUUUCAUCGCCUCUUUUUUCAUUUUCUUGAUCACCGAAAUUGAAUUGCUACUCUUAACACAGGAUCUUUCAAUUUUCAAACCAAUUUUCAAAUUUUAAUUCGAUAGCUGGAAAAAAAAUUUUUCGAUUCAUUGUGCGAAAAUCUCCCAAGUUUUUCCGAAUCAAUUUGUGAUUGUCCCUUUUCCUGUUUUAAAAAAAUUAAGCUGGUGGUUUAUAAAAAAAAAAACAUAUGCGCAAAGUUAGGAGACGCAGAAGUAAUGCAUGAACUGAAAUGAAACUGAAAAAGCUCUCGUCGCCUUUAGACCUUUCUAAAAUCUUGUAUGUUUUUUCGAACAUCCUCGCGAAGAUUAUCAAUGAAAAUGUUCGAAGUACACAUGCGCAAAAGCUGUUUCACGAGGUAUUAAGCAGCCCGUGGCUUCAAAUAACUGCUAUAUCGGAAUCCGAGUCUCAUCUAUUAUAAAAGAGCAUAAUCCCUAUAUAGUAUUAAGGUCGCUUGAUACUCCUAGUCUUGCGUUGAGCAACUUUCGGAGUGACGCAUGCUUUACACAAAGUCUGCGGAAUGAUUUCGAGAGAUCGCAUUUGAAUAAUAUUUUCUGAGACAAGCGAGGCGCCAAUUCGAACACCUGCUUCCGAAUUGCUUUCUAUUCGGCGUCUCUUUGUUGUACUACGUUCGAGAACUCAAUAAUCGAUUUGAAAGAUUUUCAAGCCAGACUCCGAGAAAGCUUUGAAGACAAAAAAUUUCAAGUUUUGAGUUGAUGCCCUAGAACUUCGACGACCUCUGAUUAGCUUCUCAAAAAAAGCAGUCAAGAUGGUAUAAUAUAUGAAAAGUUUUCCUUCCUUUGGCAGAGAACAUUCUGAAACGCCGGAAUCAAAUAAAUUCAAGAUUGGAUACGGAAUUUUUUUUUUCUUUCGCGUUUUUCUUCUUUUUGUGAAUUAAUGAGAUCCAUUUUGCAGAGAAUGCGGAAACAAGAAGAUGCGGCGCCCUACAGCCGGCUCUCGAGCUCGUGCUCUUCCAUUCGCAGCAGCAACUAUUCUACAGCCAGACCCUACACUCCCAGGUACUUUCAUUUUCUGGAAGUGGCCAAAAAACUAGCAAAUAAUGAGAAAGAACGUAAAUAUCAGUGAAAUAAAAAGUUGAAAACACACUCAUGAAAAUCCCGAACGGAUUUCUUCGAAUUUUGGGGGCGAAUGCCAAAAAACAUCGCAUGUCGGAAGGCAUUGUAGUUGCCGGGGCAACAAAUCGGAUUGUGUUGAAUUCGAAGCAAAUCCUCUUUCUUUCGCGGCGUUCCUUCCAUUUUUCCACUGUUUGAGUCUAUUUCAGUCUGAGCUCGUACCGAUAUUCCGCAUCCUCGUACACUCCGAGUUCGCGCAUGUCCUCUUCUGAAAAUGCAGGUUUGUUCUCAAAAUUAAUCCCAUUUAGUUUCUUUAAAACAUGGAAAUUUUUAUAAGGGUUCAAAAUUUGAGUUUUAUUUUACAAAGUAAUCUAAUUAAUGAACAUAUAGUCUGUUCAGAUUCUAAAUGUCAAGCAGCUAACUCCGCCCCUGCUGAGACGGUACCCUUUCGGGUCGAUGUUUUAACGCGCGGGACUAAUUUUGAUCUUUUUUGAUCUAAAAGAUAGAAAAAGAAGUCAAAAACGCAGCCUUAUUAAAGGGCCAUUGUCAUCUGUAGAUCAAACAUUGACGCGAAAGAUAUUGUAGCUUUGGGGGUGGAGUUAGCUGCUCGACAUUCAAAAUCUGAACAGACUAUAGUAAUCACUUGGGCUUCCGCGUUUUUAACGCAUUGCGCGUAGUUUUUCCUGCCUAGGCCGCAUACAUAACGAUAGAGUAGACACUAUAAAUGACGCGCACAAAAGCACGCACGGUUAUUUAUAAUUUUAUAUUCAAUAAAAAUAAACUUGUUGUUUUAUAUGCUUCAUCUUUGUUCAAUCAACAGCCUGCUCAGCCAAUAUUUUUUUCAUUCAAAAAAAUAAUUUUUUUAUAGAUUGUUUCUCUUCUUUCUCUUUAGAAAAAUUAAUAUUAUGUACUUUUUUAAACUUUCGGAAACUUUCAUAGUGAAGUGGUUUUUUCAUUAGCUUGUUUUUUUCUCCAGACUUUUUUCUAAAAUUCUGAGCUUUUUUUUUCAAUAUCUCAGUCAAAUAGUUUUUGGUUUCUGAUUGUCCUUCUAAGCUGAGGUUGGAAAAUGGAAGAGGAUGUUCCAGGAGCCACCAGCAGUAGUAUAACAGGACGCUCCCGUUAUUCCACAUCUUCCACCUCUUCUCAUACAAGCACUUUGCCGCGUUCAGCAUCAACAACUCAUAAAAAUUUAUAUACCAGGUAGCUUUUUUUUCGGAAAAUCAAAGCAAUAAUUCUUUAUUCAGCCCAGCAGCUGCGCGGGUUUCUGUCUCGGCCAAUGAGAGCAUAUCGACGAGUUCAAGUUCUUGGACGCCCUCGGCCUACCGAGGACUCAGCCGAUACCAGUCAAGUUAGUGAGGACAGAAUCUGAUAAAUAUUUACAUUUACUUAAGAUGUUUUUAGUUUUUAGAAAAUGAAAUUUAAAAAAAGAUAUUUUCAGGCACUUCUCAAAACGCAGAGCUGCCGACGACUAGAGCCAGUUCAAUAGCAUCAAGUUCUGAACGCGUGAGAGAGCGUCCGCGGCACGUUGAAGCCGAGAGGAUCGAGACGACGCCGACGACUCGGACUCACAUGGUCCAUCCGACCUCAUCGCACAUCCGCAGUCGUUCCACCAGCUACAGGUUUUCGAAAAAUGACGUAUUUUAAGGAAAAAAUUUCUUCUUGAAGAACUAUCAACGUUGCGCAGUUCAACCAACAAGCCAAGGAGCGGGCUGAACGCGAUGAAAAAGAUCGACAGUAUAGGCGAGUGUUUUUGAAAUCUUCUAAAAAUGGAAUGGCCAUGAAUGAUUACAUCGAAUAGAGCUUUGGAGUCAGUUUUAGAUUAAUUUCAUAGGCCUUGCCUUUUUCUGAUAACUCUUUGGAUCGUAUUGACUUGUCAAGAUAAUGAAUCAGUUUUUAUACUCGUUUUGAAAGUGACUAUUCACAAAAUCAUAUACUAUUUACUAUAAAUAAAACUGAAUGAUAAUAUCACUAACGAGGUUCAGGGAAUGGAUCGAGAAAGAAAACGCACGUGACUCUUCCUCAGCUCUGCCUCUUAUCGAGCCGACUCCACCGCCUGUGGCCGAGUCGACGCCGCAAAAAGAUUUUAGGAAAAAACUGACGAGCUACAGUUCCGCCUCAGGUUUGAUCUUCUAUCAUUUUAAGUUUUGGAAAAUAUUCCUUCGAAGAGUGUUGGACCUUUGAAUAGAGUUGAAGCAGCUAACUGAAGAAAAAAUUCAAUAUUUGCUAUUUUUGAAUUACCUUCUCGUUAUCUUCAAAGUUGUUUUGCAAUCAGAAUCUCCGCUACAGGGUACAGUUCUUCAUCGUACGCAGCACGACCGACGUCGCCUCGUCCUCCGCUGGACCUCAGUCCCGACGGCCUUCUGAUGUCGACGAGUCAGUCGGCGACGUCGGCCCCUUCAGCUCCGCCGCCUGCCUACAAGGCUUCGGGAGGACCGCCCGCGCCACCUCCGCCUCCGCCGCCAGCUUCUCGCUCCGCCACCCUGCCAAGGUCCAUGUCGACGACUUUCUCCACGUCUGCCUCUGUGGCUCCUUCGCGUUUCAGACCUACUGCCAAGGUGAAUCACCGAGAAUCAGAAGGAGUAUUAAUGUGAGAAAAUAUGAAUAAAAAGACUUGCCCUCAUUUUCUUUCACGUAGAAAUCGACGGCUGUUUUAUAUUCAUUUCUUCGAACUGUAUGCAAAAUCAACUCUUUUGGUAGUAUGAGGACGUUUCAGUUGCAGGUGAUGCCGUACGACGAGGACCAGGAGCGGGUCUGCGUCGUUCAGAGCGGCUACACGGGCCUCCGCAACAUCGGCAACACCUGCUUCAUGAACGCCGUCCUCCAGAUGCUCAUCAACAACAUCGAGCUCCGCGAGUUUUUCCUCCGAGACCAUUUUCGCAUGGAGAUCAACGAGAAGAACCCACUCGGCUUUUCGGUUCGUUUUUGCAUCCGAACUUUCGGCUAUUUCUAGCAAAUAAAUAAAAAUGAAAUGAGAAAUGAAGUGAAUUUUAGAAUCGCUGGAAUCUUUUUUAUGAAAUUUUCAUUUUGAGUUGAUAUUCCCUUCAAUUAUUCAUUUUGAGGGGCGACUGGCUAUAGCUUUUGCCGAUUUCAUGCGCCAAAUGUGGAGCGGAAUGCAAAAAGCCAUUGAACCUUGUACUAUCAAGGUAUAUCAUUUUUUUUUUUUUGGCUUUCAUUACCAUUUUUUCAGGAAAUUGUGGCCGAAAAAGCCUCGCAAUUUGCUAAUUUCGCCCAACACGACGCUCACGAAUUUCUUUCUUUCCUUCUAGACGGUCUUCACGAGGAUGUUAAUCGGGUUUCUCAUUUUUCUUCGUUUUCAUCAGUUUUUAGCCUUUCUGAAAGAAGGGACCAUGAAGUCAGAACCUUAAUCAAGUUUAUCAAAAACUAAGUAUUUUCAAGACAGUCUUUGGAAUAAAAUUUUUAUUGUUCGCUCACAGAUCUGUGGCGUGGAGGAAGAGAACCAGAAAAUUCAUAUUUGCUUUAAAUCAAAUAAAAAAAGAAAAUAUUUGUACAAUCGAAGCAAGUUUCUCACGUAGAAAAAUGGAAAAAAUUGGACUCACCUCAUCAUAAAGAAAAAAUGUUAAUUUUUUAAGUUAUCCAUUUCUAUCCAAUUCUAUUUCAUCGUCAAUUUUGGAGUUUUCAGGUGAAAAACAAGCCAUUGACGGGUACUGUAGAGAGCGAUGGAAGGCACGACAUUGAGGUCUUUUUUUAUUAUCUUGAAAGAAAUCUGAUGCUUAAUCGUUCUCCAGGUGUCGAACGAGGCUUGGCGCAAUCAUUUGCUUCGAAACGACUCAAUUUUCGUCGAUUUGUUCCACGGACAACUCAAAAGUCGCGUCCAGUGUCCAAACUGUGAUCGGGUAAACUUUAUUUUAAUUUUGAAUUUUUUUUUCCUCUGAAGACUAACUAAGUUUUAAUAAUAUGCAAUUAGACCCGAUUGUACGAUAAAACUGGUCUCACGCCCGUUCAGAAACGCUUGCCGAGGUGUCUAGCUGGGUUUUUGUGUCAAAUUUCUUUUACUGUGAAACUUGGUGAAGGGGAUUUUUAAGCGUAAAUUAACACUGAAAUAGAGUAUCUGUAACUCUACAAGCUCUGUAGAAAGCGAUGACAGCGUAAUCUUGAACUUUUUAUCUAUAAAAAAGUUUCGUUUUGUUCCCCGGAACACUCCAGGCGUUUGAAAACAGUCUUUGAGGAUUAUUUUGAAAAUAAACAUCUUUUUUUAAAGCGAAAUUUAAAUUUUGAGGUUUCAAUCACCUUCGACCCAUUCGUCUACCUCCCAGUCCCGUUUCCCAAGAGAAAACGUUCCAACACAGUCUUGUUCUGGCCUUUGGACUCGCUGGCCAAGCCUCUCAAGGUCUGCGGGGAAGGUCCUCUCUCCUUCCAACCGAAUUCGCAGAUCACGGUGACGUACUCGAACGACGGCACGGUCGCCGACUUGCUCUCCGCAGUCGCGGAAGUCGUCGGCGUCCCCAGUCGCGUCCUGCGGGCCAUCGAAGUCUUCGGCCAUCGCAUCGACAAGAUAUACAACUCCCUUUACAAGGCCAGCGACAUCGGCAGCUGCGACGUCGUCUACGUGUUCGUCUCAGUCUUUCCGCCUCGAUUUCUCCUCUUUUCUCGUUUUCAGCUUCCAAAUCCACGACGAGGCAGACUGCAAUGAGGAAGUCAUCACGAUGUACGCCCUUCAAAGACAACUCUUCCCUCCAAAUUUGAGGUGCGCAAAAAAUUAUUGACUGUUAAGAACUGAAGGUUCAGAUACAUGUGCAACGAAUGCGGCAAGCACGACGGCCAUUUGAAAGCUUGUGAAGGCUGUUAUAACGCCUAUUUCUGCAGCAAGUACGGUAUUUCUUGAUUCAGCGAGAAAAGCACAAAUUAAAACAAAAAAAAAUCAUCAGAUAUAUUUUUGUUGUUUAUUCAUCACGCAGUUGUUUUUAUGGCUGUCUUAAAGUGUUUCUGAACAACGAAUAACUAGUUUAGUCUGACAAGAAAGAUCCUUCUUCUUUGCAGUUGGGAAUUCAUUGAAAACGGGCUAUAAUACUCCUCGGUUUACCAGAUAAAGAUCCUGGAAGUUCCCAUAUGCACACAGUUUAUUUUCUAAGAAAAGAGACCUUAAAGUCGAAGAAACCCUCAAAAUUCAAUAAAAUGGGAUAUUUCGGAGGUUUUGAGCCCUUUUUUCCCCAAAAUUAAUAGUUGUGUAGGUUGAGAGUUCCAAAAUUUUCCUUUGGUACAUCGGGGAGUGUGCUAGCCAGUUUUCGGGAAAAUCGCAACCGUAAGAUAAAGAGCUUUCCUUGGGAAAAAAAAUAUAUCAAUUUUAACAUUGAAAUAGCCUUAUGUCGAGAAGUUUCCAUGACAGUUGCAUAUCAUCCCCUGCUCUUAGGGACUGUCAGUUGUCGAAUUGGACGAACGGCGGCCACCGCGACGAAUGUCGUCGACGUCCCAUCGGCGAACACGUCGGCCAGCCCCUCGUCGUCUCUUUCCCUCGCAGCCAACUCUCCUACGCUCAUCUUUACCGAACUCUCGAGGCUCGCAGCAGGUUCCGAAGCCUGUCAUUGCUCUGUCUGACAUCUUUUCUUCUCAGGCAUUCUGUCACCGUUUUCCAAGCACCUCAGUACGGCGACGUCAAUGGAAACGACGGAGAAGUGGACCCGCUCGAGGCCGAUUCGCUAUCUCUCCCUGGAAAGGUUUUCUUUAGAAUUCAAUUUCGGCUCUGCAACCAUCAUGUAUCAGUUAGAGAUAGUCAAGUUUAAAAGUUUCUAGGAAUGAUACAUGAAAUUUUUUUAUAGUGUUUUAAUGUUUUUUCCGUGAAUUUGGCUUCCCAGAUAAAAUAAUGGGAUAGGAAAAUAAUUUCAAUUAAUACCCAUUUUGGGAAUUUCAAUUACCCAAUCGGACCUUUAUAUUAUUUCUGGUCACUUUUUCUAAAUCCCGUCUGAAAGCUCCAACAAAAUUUUUUCCGAAGAACUUUUUGUUCAGAAAAGGCCUGGAGUUGGAGCUCCGCCAUCGUUCUUGAAUCCCGCCGGUCAAAUGAACGGCGUUGUGAGUUUAUUCUAAAAAAAAAUCUGAUAAAAUUAUUUGAAUCAGGCCCACAGCCGUAGUCCCUCGCCCCGUAGACAAAGUGUGCUCGCCGAGCCGCGAUCGAAGAAUUUGAAGGCGUCGCCUCGACUUUUCGACAUCCGGCGACUGAAUCAGUUGUCUGAUUCCUUCGGCGAGUUGAUCUCGGACAGUCCAGGUGAGAAAAAAAAAGAGUCUGAAUAGAUUGAACUUUCCGAUAGAUUCCAUCGAGCAACUGCAAAAUGGAGCGUUUUUAUCGGUUAAUUGGGUCAACAUGCGUUUUGGCAAAGAAUACAUCACGGUCGGAAAUCGCAGCACUGUCGUCAGUCUUUAUUUUUUUUAUAUGCAACCUUUUUUUGUUACACUUCAAGAAGCUGAACUUAGCUGCCUGGCUAAUUUAUCUAAGGAUUUGGAAACGUUCUUCCAGUUUAUUCUUGCCUUUCUAGGAUAUUGACACGAAAAGAUCGGAAGAGCUUUCUCCGACGAGUAAAAACGCGGACCGACGCGGGUCGGAUGCAGAACCGACGCUCAACGAAAUGCUGGUUUGUACAAGAUCCGCCACUCAGCUAUUUCGCUCUUCAGGAACUGUUUUCUGAAACGGAACGCCUGAAACCAGAAGAGUCGUGGUACUGCUCGAACUGCAAGACUCACGUCGAAGCAACCAAAAAACUGGAACUUUACCGGCUGCCGCCCAUACUAAUCGUCCAGCUCAAACGCUUCGUUUACACUGGUUUACUCUUUCUCAAUGUAUUUUUUGAGCCUGAGCUUCAGCUUUCGCGAGCCAGGCGAGCAUGCAUCGACGGAGCAAGGACGAGCGCCACGUCGACUAUCCGCUCGAGAACCUCGACAUGGCUCCUUUCCUCUCUCCCAACGCUCCCGACCAGCCUUCCACCGUCAGUUCCACUUACUCUUUUCAUUUUGAAUGAAAUCAGUGUUUUUGAUCUAACAGGUGCCAUUCAGCUACUUCUGUUAUCUUUCAGGUAGAAAAAAGUGAACGAAAAGACUUGUAAAAACUUGAUGAAAAUACUUGAAAAAAAAUAAGGGUGAGUCCAGAUCUGAGUAAGUUCUGGAUGUAGAGUAGCGGAUGGAAAGUCUUGGAAAUAGAGGAAAAAAAUCACUUUUACUUGAUUAAAUAUAAAAACAUAAGAACUCAGAAUUUUCACAACCCUCCUCACGGAAAUUCAGAUCUACGACCUGACUGGCGCCGUUUGUCAUUCUGGCAGCAGCUACUUCGGACAUUACAUCAGUCUGGGACGGUUACCCGAUUUCGACGGAUCCAAGACCAAGAUAGGUUUGUUUUGUUAAAAAAAAGCUUCUUUAUAAAAAAAAAACUUUUUGAGAAUGGAGAACUUUUGACGAUUCCAUGGUGACGAGACAGUCGGCGAGCGCCGUUCAAAGCGACGACGCCUAUCUUCUUUUCUACAAACUGCGCAGUGAUUCAGUCACUCGCGGCAUAUUCAGGUACUCCUACAAAUUUUGUGGCAAUUAAUCGCAAUUCCUUCCAGAAAACACUAUUCCUGUGAUCCUGGAGAUGAUCCCAAGAGUGAAGGGGAGAAAUCUGAUCUUUAA